CGGGGUCAGUUCCACGGAGGAAGGUGGAAGGAGUUGUUGCAGGACCGAGUUGGCCUAGGCAGCGAAGGGACCUUGGCGCAAAGGCUGGUCCUCAGCCAGCGUCCUGCGGGGCCGAGAGGGCGGUCGUGCUGUGGGCCCGGGAAGUGACGUGAGCCUGCGUCCCGGUUAUCUCAUCUGCUGCCGUCCUCUCCAGUAGCUCCCUUUGUAAAUUUUAUUUUUCGAAAGAAAAGGACUUUCCGCAGUUAGAGUCGUGUUGACGUCGCGGUGUCCUCCCGCCUCUUGGACCUGGCGACUGCUGCGAGUCGGGGAGCAGUUCUUUUCAGGGAUCCAUUCAGCCUACUUGAAGAAAAGAUAAAAGCAGAAAAGAUGGCAGACUGCCUGAUAAACUAUUACCAGGACUUGGUGACCUUUGAGGAUGUGGCUGUGAACUUCACUCAAGAAGAGUGGAUAUUAUUGGAUAAAACUCACAGAGACCUAUACAGAGAUGUGAUGCUGGAGAACUACCAGAACCUGGUCUCGUUGGGAUGUGAACCCACCAAACCCAGUCUCAUCUCAUGGUUAGAACAAGAAGAGGAUAUGCAGACAGGAGAUCUCCAAGAAUGGAAAAUGCACGUUAGCACUGAAGAGGCAGCAUUUCAGCAGAAUAUUUUGAGGGAACGAAUUUCCAGUGGGAUACAAAUGGUGGGAAACCAAAGUGCAGGGGAACUCUGUAACUAUCUGCAAUAUGGAGAAAUCUUCAGUGAACACUCAUAUUUCAAGACACACAUGAAAAUUCAAAAUUCAAGGAACCCUUGUGACUCUAAUCAGUAUGGAAGGUAUUUUCCUACUCCUCACAAAACCUCUACUGAACAGACACUCUCUGCAUUGAGUCAGUGUGAAAGAGCUUUUAGCCUGACUCCAAAUGAUGUUUACCAGAAAACCAUCACACAAGACAAAUCCUUUGAAUGCAAUGACUAUGCCUUCCUCAAUCAGCCAUACUUUCAGGCUCAUUUGAGAAAUCACAAUGGAGAAAAACUCUUUGAAUUGAAGCAGUAUGCAGGAGAUUUUACAUUUCCCACAAGUGGAACUGUGCCUAUUCAAAUGUAUACCAUAAAAGCCUAUGAGUGUAAAGUUUGUGGGAAAGUAUUUGGAUAUUCUUCAAACCUAAAUAGUCACAUGCGAACCCACACUGGGGAAAAACCCUAUGAAUGUAAGGUUUGUGGAAAAGUAUUUGGUUAUUCUUCAAAUCUUAACAGUCACAUGCGAACCCACACAGGGGAGAAACUCUAUGAAUGUAAAGAAUGUAGGAAGUCCUUCACUACUUCUUCAAGCCUAACUGAACAUUUCAGAAUUCAUACUGGAGAGAAACCCUAUAAAUGUAAAGAAUGUGGAAAAGCCUUCACUAAACGCUCAGGCCUUACCACACACGUACAAACACACACCGGAGAGAAGCCCUAUGUAUGUAAGGCAUGUGGGAAAGCCUUUACUGCCGCUUCAAACCUAACUGAACAUUUAAGAAUUCAUACUGGAGAGAAACCCUAUCAAUGUGAGGAAUGCGGUAAAGCCUUCCAUGCUUCUUCCUACCUGCGUAAACAUGUAAGAACUCACACUGGAGAGAAGCCCUAUGAAUGUGAAAAAUGCGGGAAAGCCUUCCAUGCUUCCUCAUACUUACGGAAACAUGUAAGAACUCACACUGGAGAGAGACCUUAUCAAUGUAGAGAAUGUGGGAAAGCCUACAAAAGGUGUUACUUGCUAACUGAACAUUUAAAAACUCACACGGUGGAGAAGCCCUUUGAAUGUAAGUUAUGUGGAAAAUCCUUUAGAAGUUCUGCCUGCCGUAAUAAACACAUUCGAAUUCAUACUGGAGUAAAACCUUAUAAAUGUAAAUACUGUGGGAAAGCUUUCACUGUUUCCUCAAGUCUAGCUGAACAUGUAAGAACUCACACUGGAGAGAGGCCCUAUGAAUGUAAGGAAUGUGGGAAAGCCUUCACAACUUCCUCAUGUCUCAUUGUGCACAUAAGAACCCACACUGGAGAGAAACCUUAUGAAUGUAAGGAAUGUGGGAAAGCCUACAAAAGGUGUUAUCUGCUGACUGAACAUGUAAAAACUCACACAGGGGAAAAGCCCUUUCAGUGUAAGGUAUGUGGAAAAUUUUUUGGAAAUUCCUCAUGUCUUAAUAAGCACAUUCGAAUUCAUACUGGAAUAAAACCAUAUAAAUGUAAGUAUUGUGGGAAAGCCUUUACCGUUUCUUCAAGCCUAGCUGAACAUGUAAGAACUCACACAGGGGAGAAACCCUAUGAAUGUAAGGAAUGUGGGAAAUCCUUCACUACAUCCUCAAACCUAUAUCACCAUGUAAGAAUUCACACUAGGGAGAAGCCCUGUAAAUAUCAGGAAUGUGAGAACACCUAUAAUAGGCUUUAUUUGCUAACAGAACAUUUAAUAACUCAAACUGAACAGAAACCCUUUGAAUGGAAGGAAUGCCGAAAAUCCUUUAGGAGUUCUUCACGUCUUAAUCAUCACACUGGAAUUUUUACUGAUGAAAAACCUUAUUAAUGUGAAGAAUGUGGAACAGCCCUCAAUUAUGCCAGUUUAUUUCAAAGGAUUGAAAGACCUCUAUUCUCAAGAUGCCCCAUGAAUUUAAGAAUUGUGUUAGAAUCAUUGGAAUCUGAUCAUGAUGCAGUAUUGUGA